GGGUAAUAGAAGCAGAACCUAAAUGAUGUCUUCAUCUCCCGUUUCCUUCACUUCUAUUAUUUUAAUCUCACUGCUAACCAUCUUAGUAGCUUCUACGGUGGUGGUAUCGAUUCCGAUUGUGAAGAAAUUUGAACUUCCAUCUGAUGCUCAAGCUCUUCUAGCCUUCAAAUCGAAGGCUGAUUUGGAAGAAAAGCUUCCCUUCUUGUUUAGUAAGCGCGUGGGUCACUGCCAAUGGCCUGGCGUCAAAUGUGCUCAAGGCAGAGUUGUUCGUCUCGUCCUCGAAGGUUUCGGGCUUUCUGGUUCCUUCGCCCCCAACACAUUGAAUCGUCUUGAUCAGCUCAGAGUUCUCAGCCUUCAGAACAACUCCCUUUCAGGUUCCAUCCCCGAUCUCUCCGACCUCGCUAACCUGAAGACCCUUUUCCUCGACCACAACUCCUUCUCGGGUUUCUUCCCUCCUUCAAUCCUCUCUCUCCACCGUCUACGAACCCUCGAUCUCUCCUCCAACAACCUUACUGGAGCUCUUCCCCUCGGCUUGACCACUCUCGACCGGUUGUACUAUCUCCGCCUCGAUAACAACCGGUUCUACGGUUCCGUCCCUCCACUGAACCAGUCAUCUCUCCAAAUCUUCAAUGUCUCCUCCAACAACCUCACUGGUGCCGUCCCCGUCACUAUCACACUCUCGCGCUUCCACAACUCUUUUUCAGCUAAUCCUGAGCUCUGCGGCCAGAUCGUGCACCAAGAAUGCCGGCCGCAUCUGCCCUUUUUUGGGCCCCCGGUGCUUGGGCCGCCGCCAACGGCAGUUGGGCAGAACGAGCAGGUUCAAGGGCUGGUACUGCCUCCGACAUCACGAGGGGAGCACAAGCGCACGACCGUAAUCGUUGGGUUCUCGAUUGCGAUCCUGGUUCUCGUUGGAUCUCUGAUUUGCUUCUUAGCGGCGGUAAAGAAGCGAUCGAAGCAGAAGGUGUCGACACCGACAAUAGCGUUGGAUGCCGCUGCUACGGCUGAUGCAGCUGCAGUAAUGCGGGUGGAAGAACAGAACGAACUGGAGGCGAAGGUGAAGAAGAUGCGCGAGAUGCAAGUUGCUAAGAGCGGGUGCUUGAUGUUCUGUGCAGGGGAGCCGCAUGCCUAUACUCUGGAGCAGCUGAUGAGGGCUUCGGCAGAGAUGCUUGGUAGAGGAACGAUUGGGACGACUUACAAGGCUGUGCUUGAUAACCAACUGAUUGUGAGUGUCAAGCGAUUGGACGCUGCGAAGACAGCAAUUACGAGCUCAGAGACGUUCGAACAGCACAUGGAAUCGGUCGGCGGGCUUCGCCACCCUAAUCUGGUCCCUCUCAAAGCUUAUUUCCAGGCCAAAGAAGAGAGACUUCUCAUCUAUGAAUACCAACCCAACGGCAGCCUCUUCUCCCUCAUCCACGGUUCGAGAUCAACGAGGGCGAAGCCGCUGCACUGGACUUCGUGCUUGAAGAUAGCAGAGGAUGUUGCACAGGGACUGGCAUACAUACACCAAGCAUCCAGACUGGUCCACGGCAACCUCAAGUCCUCCAACGUCCUUCUCGGCCCUGAAUUCGAGGCCUGUCUCACCGAUUACUGCCUCGCCGUGCUUGGAGACGACGACGUCGACCUCACCGGGUACAGAGCACCUGAGACCCGCAAGUCAACACGAGGGGCCACACCGAAAUCCGAUGUUUACGCCUUCGGCGUUCUCUUGCUGGAGCUUCUUACAGGGAAACCCCCGUCUCAGCAUCCCUUGCUGAUGCCGACGGAGCUUCAUAUAUGGGUAAGUUCGACGAGGGAAGAAGACGGUGGGGAAGAGAACCGGCUGGCUAUGCUCACCGAAUUGGCUGCCACUUGUGGCCAGACUUCGCCAGAACAGAGGCCCACUAUGUGGCAAGUAUUGAAGAUGAUUCAGGAAAUUAAGGAGACAGUGACGAUGGAAGACAACAACCAACUUCAACUGGGCUUUUCUUAAUUAACAUUGAUGGAUGAUUCACUACUCCAAAUGGUGAGAGUUAGAAACAGAGACUAGAGAGCGAAACCAAUUUAAUGGU